AUGUCGGGCUCUGAUAUUAGGAACAGCAAUCCGGUUCUUGCACGCCUAGAACAGGAAGCUGUUCGUGCUGCCAUCCCGAAGGGCUUGAAGGAUGAGCGCAGCCGGCAACUGGAAUAUGAGCUAAACUGGUGCUAUAAUCGAAACAAUUGGUACUUUACGGGAGGGGGCCUAGUGCUAGGUCUGACGCUCGGCUACACCUUGCGGUCCGUACAACCGCUGGCUUGGGCCGCCAUCCUGGCUCCCGCGGGCGACUGGCUGUAUGAGCAACACGCCUGCCGGGGUCUCCAGGAGUCGUUCAACGAACAUCAGCGGCAGCUAAAGCGGGAGGCCAGGGAGGCGGCGGAUAGAGCCAGGGCCGAGGUACGACAGCUGUACGGACUGAUGCUGGCGGAGGGGUCAUCGCCGGAGGCGGCGGCAGCGGCGGUUGCGGAAGUGAACGCUGCGAAUUCAGCAGCGGCGGCGGCGGCGACGGCGGCGGCGCGGAUGGACGGAGCAGCAGCGGCGGAGGACGGUGGUGGUGGCAGUAGCGUCGAGAUGGCGGCGGCGGCGGCGGCGGCGGCGGGGGCGACAGGGAGAGGGGGAGGGGCCAGUAACGGCGCACUUGAGGAUGCCGAGGGGGGAUGGAAAUCAGCAGCAGCGGCGGCGCCGGCAGCGGCGGCGGGGGGGGGAGGAGUUGGAGGCCGGCGGUGGUGGUGGCCGUGGGGCGGGGGGCCUGUUCGUGGGGCAGCCAAAUCUUGA